UGUCUAGCCCCUUCUGUUGUCGAUUUUCUUAUGAAUGGUCAGUCUAAUCCCACACCGGAGGAAGUGACGGAUUAUGAAAUCCGUGAUGCCUUAAAAGAGUUAACUGAUUCAAAAACGACAGAGAACAUGAGAAAGAUAUUGGAUGAAAAACUGGAAUUACGAUUUAGCCUGGGAGUGGACAAGCCAACUUUCCUUUUAGACAUCGCUGACAAAGAGGAUUUAGUAAAAGACAUCUACUUGUCUUUUGUCAUCCAUAGGACAUCAGCGUCAAUUAGCCAAUUUGCUGACGGCAUGGAAGUACUUGGCCUGAUGACUCUGAUGCGGAGGUACACCGCUCUAAGAGAUCUUUUGGUCUAUAACAACAGGUUUGAAAUCACUCCAAAACGUUUCAAGGAAGCAUGUACAUUCAAUUUUUGUGAAAACGGGAGCAACAGACGUCCAGUAGAGGAACGCCUUGCAAAGCGAUUUCUGGAAUACGUGGAUGAAAUUUAUCGUAAGUUAUGCAAGCUUUGAUUUUGUUUCAUUUCUGGCAAUAUACUUUUAUCUAAGAGAUGGAAUAGUGUAAUGAUUGGGAACAUCUGUUGAAACAGAUAGUUGCCGGGUAGCGCAGUUAUCAACGCACUUGCCUUUCACCAAGUCGUCGUUGGUUCGAUUCCAGACAUGGACGUGAUGAGAAUGUGUCACAUAUUUUCUACUUUCCUCCGAACACGGAGCAUACCAGCACCUCAUGUCACCGAACGCUCUAAAUGA